CUCUCAAUUUUGAGCAAAGGAAGAGAUAUAGGCAAAGAUGUGUUGUUUCCCAGAAGAGAUCAUCUCAAACAUCUUGUCUAGGUUACCGGUCGAUUCUCUUUGCAGAUUCAGGUGCGUUUCGAAACCAUGGUGUGAGUUAAUCAAAGACCCUAUUUUUGUUGAAAAACACCUUAAUCAUGCUAUAAAAGAGGAAAAUUCUAGUGUCAUUUUCAGAGACUGCUCACUUUACUCCAUAGACUAUGAUCAUUCAUCCACAUUUUAUGAGGCUGUUAAAAUGGAUUACAACCAUUUAAGAGCCGGGGUUGAAAUUUUCGGUUCAUGCAAUGGCUUAGUUCGCGUGAAUACUGGUGAUGGUGUUGAUAUUAUUUGCAUGUGGAACCCAUCUACCAAAGAGUAUAAGAAAUUACCAACUACAAAAAAUCAAAUUUCCAGCAGCAGAUUUCUACUGCUGCGACAAAACCUCGUAUGGAUUCGGUUUUGAUAGUAAGACUAAGGAUUAUAAGUUGGUUAGACUUGUUGGGUUUAAUUUCGAACAUGGUUGUGAAGUUAAGGUCUAUACAUCUGGAACAAAUACAUGGAAAAGCUUGAAUUACAUUCCUUAUCGUCUUUCUUAUGGAAGAACACCUGCUGUGCUGGUUAAUGGAGCACUUCAUUGGAUAACAAUGUUAAUUGUACCCGAGGAUAAAUCUGUAAGUGGAUCUGAUGAAGACCCCAGGCUAAUACUUUCUUUCGAUAUUAGCAAUGAGAGUUUCCAAGAAGUUCCAAAACCUGACAUGCUAAAUGACAAGUUUCGUAAUAAUGUAGAUGUUUUAGACGGGUACCUUUGUUUGCUAAGUAACAAUUACAAGGUCCAUGUUGAUAUGUGGGUGAUGAAGGAUUAUGGCGUAAGAGAGUCGUGGACUAAACUCUUUACGAUUUCCCGACAAUCCUUUAUAAGAGCCUUUGAUUAUGUGAAGCCAAUUCUAUCUUUCAAGAAUGGUAAAGGUUUUGUUGGAUGUGGAUGGUGGUGCUUUGGUUUUAUAUGA